CACAACAACCUGUUCAUUAAAUGGAAAUAGCUUUUGUUCCUGCGUUGUUCUUCAUUUUGGUUCUCUUACCUUCAAUCCUUUGUAAUUAUGAUGAAAUUUUAAGUUCAGCUCGUCAAGACAAAGAAUGGUUAACCUCAGUAAGGAGACAAAUCCAUGAAAACCCAGAACUCAAAUUUCAAGAAUACAACACAAGUGCUCUCAUCCGCCAUGAACUUGACAAACUUGGUAUCACUUACUCAUACCCACUUGCAAUCACUGGCAUCGUUGCUCAAAUUGGCUCCGGUUGUCGCCCUGUCGUUGCUCUCCGGGCUGACAUUGAUGCCCUUCCUUUACAAGAAUUGGUGGAAUGGAAGCAUAAGAGCAAAGCUGAUGGGAAAAUGCAUGGAUGUGGACAUGAUGCUCAUACUACCAUGCUACUGGGUGCUGCCAAGCUACUUCAUCAGCGUCAAGAUGAACUUAAGGGAACUGUGAGACUUCUUUUCCAACCUGCCGAGGAGGGAGGUGCUGGUGCUUUACACAUGAUUAAAGAUGGUGCUCUUGGUUACUCUGAAGCCAUAUUUGGAAUGCAUGUUGAUUAUCAAAUGCCCACAGGAAGCAUACGAUCCCUUUCGGGGCCAGUCCUGGCUUCUGUUUGCGUUUUUGAUGUAAAGAUAGAGGGGAGAGGAGGGCAUGCUGCAGAACCGCAAUCUGCUGUGGAUCCAAUACUUGCUGCUUCAUUUGUAAUAUUGGCAUUGCAACAACUCAUUUCGAGAGAAGUUGAUCCUCUCCACAGUCAAGUGCUGUCUGUUACUUACGUUAGAGCUGGCACUGCAUUGAAUGUAAUUCCUCCAUAUGUUGAAUUUGGGGGUACUUUGAGAAGACUUACUACAGAAGGUUUGUAUCAACUCCGAAAGAGGUUGAACGAGGUUGUCAAACAACAGGCUGCUGUACACAGGUGUAGUGCAUAUGUUGACAUGAAAGACGAAGAACACCCACCAUAUCCUGCUGUUGUUAAUGAUAAUAAUUUGCAUCUCUUAGUUGAGAAGGUCGGUAGAGAUUUGCUUGGUCCUGAGAAGGUGAAGGUGGGAAAUAAGGUUAUGGCAGGGGAGGACUUAGCCUUCUAUCAGGAACAGAUUCCUGGAGUAAUGUUUAGCAUUGGAAUUAGAAAUGAGAAGGGUUCAAUUCAUUCUCUACAUUCCCCUCACUUCUUUCUUGAUGAGGAUGUUCUGCCAAUUGGGGCAGCGGCAUACGCGAGUCUUGCAGAAACGUAUUUCAGCAAGUACCAACAUUCGCUUUUAAGGUAAAUGUUUGUAGCUUUUGUACAUGUACAGUGGUGUAUACUGGAAUGAUAUUAUUUUUAAUUUCCUCUAUUUACUACUUGGGUCCAUAAAUUUUACCCUCCAAAGAAAAUAUACCAUACGUUAGUAUGGGUCUGGGUUGUUAUGA